AUGCAUCGGAGAAGAAAUUGUUUUAGGUUAUGUGAAAGAGAUGUUUCAACUCUGAGGCUCACCAGAAACACUAAUUUGAAGAUCAUCAAUGGAUUUUGCACCAAACCACAGGAAAGUCCAAAACCUCCAUCCUACUCUUACAACCACAGGGUGCCAUUACACAAGCCUACAGAUUGGGAGAGGAAGAUCCUGAUAUGGUCAGGUCGCUUCAAAAAGGAAGAAGAAAUCCCAGAGACGAUCUCGUUUGAGAUGCUUGAUGCUGCAAAGAACAAGAUCCGGGUGAAGAUCAGCUAUCUAAUGAUCGCCCUGACAGUGGCAGGAUGCAUUUUCAUGGUGAUUGAGGGAAAGAAGGCUGUCAGAAGAAAUGAGUCGUUAACAAGCAUGAAUUUAGAAAAGAAAGCUCGCCUGAGAGAGGAAGCAGCAAUGAAGGCCAAAGCAGAGUAG